UACUAUUUCGUGUACGCUUACGUGUUGUCCGUGAAGGUUUUACAGCUCGUGACCCUCGCCGGACAACAUAUUACGUAUACGUUGAAAAGACCAAAAGCACAUGGUUUCCAGUACUCUUAUUGGCUUUGAGAAAGUGCUGUGUACGUGUCUUAUAACUGUCAAGCACUAAUCGUGAUUGUAGCGAUUGUAGAUUUAAUUAGUCCACACCUGAAACGUGCAAGUUGCUUUCUAACUUUUAUAAAUUGUAUUCCUAGUGCUUAAAAAUGGUUUCUGGUAAAAGUGGCUCGUUACAAUGGCACCUUGUCGUCAGCUGCUUAUGUGGUCAGUGCCAUCAAUAGCAGUGUUAAUCGGCAUAUUUUGGUUAAAGAAAAAGAGAGAAUAUGCCAAAUCUGACCCAGGAGGAAGAGAAAGGCUAAAAAGUUUAAAAGAGGAAUUAGCAGAAGCAUUGAAUGCUCAAGCUGAGUUGAAUAGGACCUCUCCUCUGGGAAAGGCUGAGCGAUCAAUAAUUAAAUCUGCUCCAAUUGACAUUAUUCCAAAAGGUAGUGGAUCACAAAGGUCUUCUUUUGAACUGACUGAUGAAGAAGUUGACUUGGAAAUAGAGAAAAUAAUAAGAAAGAAAUCUCUUGAAAAAGAUAAGAAAUCAUCAGUGGAAGUAGGGAAACAGUAUAUGAACUGUUCAUACAUUUCUUCAACAAUGAAUCAAACCCCGGUUGCAGCAAAAGAAACUAUAGCACAUAAAUUUUCACCACUUCAAACUGAAAUGUCUUGCAACAAAGGUGAUAAAACACUUGACUCAAAAGUCGGUGUCACUGAUGCUGCCAUCACCGAGAAACAACACUCAGAAGAUGAAUCUGUGACAGAAAUUUUGCCACAAGAUAGUACAAAUUUUGACAAUAAUAAAACUGAAGAUGUUUCCACUGAAGAGGGGGAUAUGGUCAAUGACCAUGAUCUUAAUAUUAACAAUAAUGUAAAUGAUAAUAAUAUUAAUGAACCUAGUGAAAGUAAUGAAAGCAAUAACACUUAUUCAACACAGAAUAGAAGAAUUUCUGAGAGGGAUUCAGCAAAUCAUAGUCCCGUAGAUCCUUUGUUAGCCAGUCCUUCAAUGUGUCACUUUUCGGAUAGCCACAGCGAGGGAUCAAGUGAUAGCGGUAAAGGAUGUUCAGAAGCAGCUAGUCCACCUCCAGCCAAUUUAAAUAUGGUACCUUCGGAUUCCGGCCUUAGAAUACAUCAAUUUGUAAUACCUCAAAAUUUGGUCGGUCUAUUAAUAGGCAAACACGGAUCAUUUGUUAACCAAAUUAAAGCUAAAACUGGGGCAAGUGUUUACGUAAGAAGACAUCCAGAUUCCGUUAAACAGAAAAUUUGUGCAGUAGAAGGGACUCAAAGUGAAAUUGAGGCAGCUAUAGAUAUGAUAAAAGAAAAAUUCCCAGAAAAGAGAUUCCCCAAUUUUUCAAUUCAAGAAAUUAGUCCAGAACUAUAUCAAAGAUUAGCACCUUUUAUACCAGAAUUUCUUCAAUUGCAGCUUGUGGAAUCUGUGAACAAUGACACAAUAAUGACCUGCCUGGUGAGUGCGGGGCACUUCUUCCUGCAACAGCCGCUGCACCCGACCUUCCCUUCGCUGCACGCGUUGCACCGCCUCAUGGCGGCCACUUAUCAAAACCCGGACGUGCCCUCCCUGCCGCGCCCAGUGAAAGAGGGUUCAAUCUGCGCAGCACCUACAGAGAACAACUGGUAUCGCGCACAAGUUAUAUCCACGUCGGAGGAAAACGACACAUCUGUGGUGAAGCUGGUUGACUUUGGAGGUUAUCUCACCGUUGACAAUGACCAGCUCAAGCAGAUACGUUCAGACUUCAUGACUCUGCCUUUCCAGGCUACAGAAGCACUUUUAGCAUUUGUCAAACCUGCCAACAAUGAAGAAGAUUGGAGCAGCGAGGCGCUGCGCAUAAUGGCGGGUCUGACGGCGGGGCAGCUGCUGCACGCGCAGGUCGCCGGCUACGACGAGGCCGGUCUUCCUCUUGUGCAUCUCUACCUUACACUCAACCCACAGCAAGUAAUAUUCUUGAACAGAGAGCUGGUGGAGCGCGGGCUGGCGGAGUGGGACAUCCCGCCGGACUCGUGAGCGCCGCUUGCAUUUCGGUCAAUGUACUUCAACAGACCCAUUGUCCUCUAAUAUCUUAAGAAACGCAGUUUCGCAAUGUGAGUUGUGUCAUACUAUUAGUCUCGCACGUUCCUCGAUUUAAACAUCAACAGGAUUAUGUUUAAAUUAUUUAAUUUUUUUUUACGACUGGUAAUAUUGGUUGUGUUUUGACACGACUUGUAACAAAAUAUACUUAUUUUACAUGUCAACUUGUUUCAGUUUUAAUUUUACUAGUUUUAAAGCAUUCAGAUGCUACAAUAUUCUUUAUUAUAAGGUUUUGAAAAUUCUUUAUCGCGGCUUGUUCAUCUAAACUCAAGUAUAAUUUGCAAUAAUGUUAUUUUAGGAUACGUAAGUUAAUUUUAAAUCACAAAUUGGUUCUUAAAUUUAAACAAAUGUUUUACUUAUUUUCUGAUGAUUUCUGAACGGUCAGGAUGCUCAUUGUAAUACUGCCCCGAAUACUGCUACUAAAGUCAAAUGUUGAAGACAUUCGUGAAGAGAAUGAUUCAAUUCUGAACAUUGAUUCAAUUUUAAUUGUAUAUUUACCAAGUGCUUUAAGACUGCUUAAAUUGUGCCUUUGAAACAGAUAUCCGUUACUGCAGCCUUAAUAUAAUAACAAAUUAAAACGCUAAAUACAUGCCACAUUCUGUUGAAAAUUACAGUAAAUAAAUGUGUUACGUAUAAUCGACUGUUAUAAUAAAUAUAGUUAUUGUAGAUUAUUUGUAUAAUACCUAUGUAAAAUAAGAAAGUAGAAGUAUAAUGUUGCGUGUUUGCUGUAGUGAAAAUGUAGUUUAAAGUGUGUAAAAUUAAGCGGCGGUACUUCCAUACAUACAAAAUCAAUGACGAAUCAUUUUUGACUUGUGUAAUGACUGCUUGAAUACAUUUCGAAAUAACAAUAAGUGAGAAACUUAACAAUUUAAAGUAUAAUAUUUGGUGAUAUAUUUUGAGAUAAAAUGAAAUAUAUAUUUUGACUGUCAAUUGAUUCUGUAUUAACUUGUCUCUGAAAUGUAAUUUCGCUUGUAUGGAAGAUCCGCUGGCUGGUUGUAGUUGUCUGAUACGAAUUUGACAAAGAUUUUCAUGUCUUCAUCAAUUUAAUCCAUCCUCUACUACCUUUGAAAAUUGUUAUGAAUUAGAAUUCUAGAACUUGUUACUCUUUGCUCUUUAAAAUUGUUACAUCACUUUAAUAAAUUAUUACCAAGUUGAAAUUUUCAAAGAAACGUAAUAGCUUUGAUGAUCUACAAUGACAAUGGUAAUGCAUUGACAAUCUUUGAGCAAAUUUAGUUAUAAUGAGCAUUUCGAUAUUCCUGACUUAAUGUAAAUAAUAUUAAGUAAUAAGUAGUAAACAGUUUUGAUAUUUCAGUUUUUUAAUUAGUUUGAAAUUCAGUAUUUUGAAAGGUUAGGUGUUCUUUUCAUAGAGAUUUAUGAUAAUGUAGUGUACUUUAAAGUUACACUUAGCUUAAGAUAAAUUUUGUAGUUUUGUAGGUAUUUUUGAGAAGCUAUAUGGUUUUUUUUGUUUAUUUAUAAUCAAGUCCACCAACAUUGAUUUCCAUGGCCGUAGUUGUACGCGUAAUCAGUUGGUUCACUGAAUACCCGCUCUCCUUUUGCAUUUUGUUGACGUCGAUUGUACAUAUACUAAUAUAUUUGCGGUUAAAUAAAUUAUCGUUUUAACAA